AUGACCCAAAGAAAACGUUUGUUACUGUUCACAAGACCGAGAGCAAGUUCAUUGAGCUGCUCAGAUGAGAGUGUACCACCACUACCAAAUGACACAUACAAAACCGAACCGAGCGAAAAACUGGCAGAGGGACAUAGUGGUGGGUUAUGGCUAUUGUGGAGACAAGGGAUUGGAGAAGUUGAGGUUUUCGGGUCGGAAUCUCAGUUCAUUCAUGUGAAGGUGACGAAAGAGUCGGAGGUGGUUCACUUUGUCGCGGUUUAUGCGGCUCCAUCUGUAAGCCGGAGAGCCGGACUCUGGGGUCAACUGCGGGAUCUAAUCCAAGGGGUGAGUGAGCCGAUCAUUGUCGGUGGUGACUUUAACACGAUAGUAAGAAUUGACGAGAGAACCGGAGGUAAUGGUCGUCUAUCGCCGGAUUCUUUAGCGUUUGGGGAUUGGAUUAACGAGUUGUCCCUCAUUGACAUGGGUUUUAAGGGGAAUCAGUAUACUUGGAAAAGAGGUAAAGAAGAAAGAUUCUUUGUGGCAAAGAGACUGGAUAGAGUUCUGUGUUGUGCUCAAUCGCGAUUGAAGUGGCAGGAAGCAACGGUGACCCAUCUACCCUUUCUUUCUUCAGACCACGCAGCCUUAUACUUACAGUUUGUGCCGGAAGUUCAUGGGGAUGCGAGAAGACGACCCUUCAGGUUUGAAGCGGCAUGGCUGAGCCAUUCCAGUUUUAAAGAGCUUAUCUCGGCGUCAUGGGAUGCAACGCUUGAUACGCAGAGAGCGCUAAGUAAGCUGCAAGACGUGCUUAAAAAAUGGAACAGAGAUGUGUUUGGGGAUGUCCGGAAGCGCAAAGAAAAGUUGGUUAAGGAGCUCCAGGAGGUGCAGGUCGAAUUGGAGAAUAUGUGCUCAGACGAGCUCUUACAGCGGGAGGCUGACCUAUUGAAGGAGUUUGAUACACUGUUGGAACAAGAAGAGAUGAUCUGGGCACAGAAGUCGAGGGAGAAAUGGGUGGCUCACGGUGACCGUAACACCACCUUCUUCCACACCUCUACUAUUAUUCGGCGCAGGCGCAACCGAAUUGAGAUGCUUAAGGAUGAUGCUGGUGCUUGGAUUUCAGAUACUCCGGAGCUUGAGAAACUGGCGAUGUCUUAUUAUCAGCGUUUAUAUUCGUUGCAAGAUGUAGACCAAGUCGUUGUACCGUUACCGGCAGAGGGCUUUGUGGAGCUGACUCAGCUUCAACUCAGGGACUUGAACAUCCCGUUCUCUGAGGAGGAUAUAGUGAAGGCAGUUAGGAGUAUGGGGAGUCUUAAAGCACCGGAGCCGGACGGGUUCCAACCGGUGUUUUACCAGAAAUGCUGGACGGAAGUUGGGGCAUCUGUCACUCGUUUCGCACUAGACUUCUUCCGCACGGGAUCGCUGCCGCAGGGAACUAAUGAUGUCAUGUUGGUUUUGCUGCCUAAAGUUGCGAGUCCGGAGAAGAUUCAACAAUUUCGACCCAUAAGCAUGUGCAACGUUUUACUCAAAAUCAUCACGAAGGUUAUGGUGGAGAGAAUGAAACCGGUCAUGACUAAGUUGAUUGGACCAGCCCAAUCAAGCUUCAUCCCGGGUCGACUGAGUACUGAUAACAUUGUGAUUGUCUAG